GCCCAGGCGUCUGGAGAGCGUUUCCCAGGCGGGUUGACAAAUUGCAGACAAAUUGUGUCUAACGAAACGGAUUUACCAGUUGUCAGGCCGCCGGCCCCUGCCGCUCCGAGUAAACCCUCCGAGUAAACCGUGGCUGUUCCUGGAGGAGGGAGAAGCACGGCCCGAUUGUCUCCGGGUCUCAGCAGGGUCCCGCGGGGAGCCUGCCAGGCUUGAAGGGUAGGGGUCAGAAGCCAGAAGCGAUAUCGAAUCUCGGAGGCGCCUGGGUCCAGGGUGCCGAGACACCUAGGACGUGGGGGCCACAGACUCUACGAUUCCCAAAGAGGCAGAACAGGAAUGGGGUGGGAGAGCCUGCACUGAGGCCGAGGGAGGGAGCCUUCUGCUUUGGGGGGCUGGAAUUGAACCCCAAAGAGCAGGAGGGGCCGUUAUAGCCGUAGUCCCUCCUUGGGCACACCCCCACCCCCCACCCCAGGGAUGGCUGCUGGCCUGAGAUCUAAUGCCUCGGCUUUAAGGGAACUUCUAAACCCAUCUGCUAAGGCAUCCCACUUCCUCCCCGUACCCCUCAAGGUUUAUUGCCAAUGUGGGACUGGGAGGCUGCUGGGUGGUGAAUUAAAUUUCUCUAUGGAAGGUAAUCCCAUAGCAAAUGGGUUUCCUUGACACCCCACCCCCAGCCCCACACUGCAGGCCAAUUAGCUGCCCAUAAGGAAAAGGUGAGAAGAAUUAGGUUACAAAGGGAGGGCAAACUUAUGGUCCCAAAGGGGCCACCUCGGAUGAGCUAAGUUUAAACAAAGGGCUCAGAGGGGAGGGCUGGACGGCCGGGGAGACCUGGGCAGCUCUGUGUCCCACCUGGGACCAGCGGCUUAGUAGAGGACUGAGAAGCACUCUAGAACCGGAUACCAGAUCUGCUACCUCCCCAGCUCCCAGGCAGAAGCACCCAGGUCAAAUUGUGGCGAUCACCGCUGUGAGUUCUCGGGCCACUUGAAAAGGGUCCUUCGAAAAUUCUGUUUCCUGAAUGACCUCCAGUCCUCGGAGAAAUCUUGUUCCCAAGUAAGGAAAGUGACAGCUUCUUAAUGUGAUCAAAGGCAGUGCCAGCAUUUCCAGCUAUGCUCCCGAACAAACAAAAUACUGAAAAAGGGAACGUGUUCCUCUGAAGGUGUUCUGGGGACCCCAAAGUUCGAGCCCAUAAACUGGAGUAAAUCUGCUCUCACCAGGCCUGGAACAGCACCGCAAGACCCCAGCCGAUUCUGGGGGCUGCGUUGACCCUCCCCAGGAGUUUGUUUGGGGCCCGAGGUGGGAGGACCAUGUCUUCGGCUUAGUGGGGAGGGGCCCGGUUGGUGUCCCUAGGUCUGCCUGACUCACACAGACAUUGACGAGCGCGGGUCCCCCUUUACUGUCCAUCUGGGCGCCGUGCUACCUGGCGCCGCAUUUCUCUUUCCCAGGCGGGUUCGUUUCCGCCAGAGAAUGCAGCAGUCCCGCAUCCUACGCAGGACCUGCAAUCGAUGUGGAGGCUUCGGUCAAGCCGUCCCCUGCCUGCGUUGUCGAGGAAGGCAAGCCCAAGGCCUGAAGGGACCUGGCAGAACUCCUCUUUCCAUUUUUUCCUCUACACCCGGAUUGCGGACAAGGAGGCUGGUUCAGGUCUCCUGAGGCUCCCGCUCAAGCACUCCUUAGCCGUCCUGCUAAGCCCCUCUGUGCGGCGAUUUUCUGAGCUGCCGAGCGGGGUAAUUAAAUCCCCUCCCUCGCUCCGCUCUGUGCCAAGGCAGGCGGCAGUGCAGGGCUGACGUUUGGGCAGGGGACUCAGCCACGCUGGCCACCUCCACUACCGCAGUGGCCCGGACCCUGCCGCGAAGGGGUUAGACGCUGAGCUCGCUGCGCUGAAACCGGGGAUACACACAGAACGGGGGAGGGGGUAGUUUUUACCGCGCCAGUGGGAGAAAAAGGAGAAUUACCUGCUUUCUCCAGUGCCGCGCGUAGCCACUUCCCUGAGAGCCGCGGCACCGAUCGCGGCCGGGCGGGAAGCUUCCGCUCCGCCCUGGCGUUCACAGCCCAGCGGCCAGCUGCCGGUCUGCCUUCCGCGCUGGGUCCCAGGGUUCGCGCUCGAGCAGGGUAGCUUUGCCGGACACGGGCGAUUAUCCCUGGGGACGCGGUGUCUUUCAGAGGGUCUUGCUAGUCUCCGGAGACGCCAAAUAGGCUCGAACUCCGCGGCGAUCUCAUUUUACGCAUUGAUGAAGAAUCGUAAGCUAAAGGAUGGGAAAAGUUGAGAGACAGACGGACAGAGAGACAGUGGGUCCCGGCGGGACCGCACGCGUUGAGGGGAGCACGAACUGGGAGACACGGAGACCGCUCACCUGCUCGGCCUGGCCGCGGAGGUCGGGCGCCAAGGGCCUCGCGCUCGGCCUCCCGCCCCCGGCGCGCCUUCCCGGGCUGGCGCCGGCCUCCGCUCCCGCAGAGUGGAGUUCCGAGCAGACUGGGCUCCGCGCGCUCCAGAGUGGAGGGGAGCGGGAGGCUCAGCAGACGGCUCGGGCAGGCGGGUCCCCCAAGGGCACGAGACGCGCUGGUUCCCAGCCCAAUGGAGCUCUGCGCCCCCCAGCCCCGCGCUUUACCUGCGCUGGGGCCUUGGACAGACAAACGGACGCCAGACGCCUAGGCAGGAGAGGCCUCAGCCUGAGCCCGCGCCCCCUUGGCGCUGCCCUGAGCUGGCCUGGGAGGGGGUGACGGGGGCGCGCCCGCGGAGCUGGGCCCAGCCGGGCGCCCCCGGAGCUGAGGGGACCGAGGGCUUUCCUCCCUCCUCGGAUUAUUAAAAAGUUCAUUUCCUGGCGAAUCGGGUGACGUCAGGGGCUCGGCGUCGCGGUGGCGGGGCCGCCCGGCCGGAGAAGCCGCCUCCAGUUACCCAAUUACCGACUGUCAAUCCCGCCGCCCCUCCCCCACUCUCCCGGGGGUGGCCGGGACCCCAGCCCUCCUCCUGCCCCCGACCCACCCAGGGGCUCUCUGCACAUCUACCCCGCCAGCCUCGGGACCAACAGGGAAGAGGGCUGGAGGACGCUGUUGAGUCCCCCCAGUACUCGGCACCUGUCUAGGCCCCCCCAAAUGCCUUUGUCCUGGAACCCCUCCUCGGUCCGAGGCCGCCUUCGAGCCUUCGUCUCCCCAGUCUGUACAAUGGGAGGGAGCAAGACUUGUGCGCCCGGCCCACUCGACUCAUAGAGCCGAUCUCCGGGCUGGAAGUGAGUGGGGAGCAGUUUCAGGUGACUUAGAAGACUGAGACCUCAGACCACCGCUUCCCCCUCACCAGAGGCCACCUCGGGGACCCCUGGAGCAAGAAAUGCCACCUCCUGCCCGGGGGCGUCUCCCUCCAGCUGGCGCCGGCGCCAGUCCGGGUCUCCAUGGCCUCGCCCCAGGCAAUUGGGCCCGUUGGCCUGCAAAGGCCACGCCCGGGGAGGGGAUGCCCCCUCCCCCUCUCUGGAGCCACCGGCCCGGCCACCUCCACUGGGUCAAGCACAGCCCUGAGCCGCCGCGUGUCCGAGGCCCAGGUGCCCUCUAGAGCCCUGUAGUUCCUGCCCCUCUCUGCCCCUCCCGGCUCCUGCUGUUCCACCGCUGUACUCCAUGCCCUCCCAACCCCCCGUCCACUCAGCGCCCGAGCUAGGGGAGGGAACCGUCUGGGUAGGUAACUGCGCUCGGACUGACCACGUUCAGCAGUGAAGGAGCGUGGCGGGGUUAGGGUCUCGGGGAGAGGCCAUCCGGAGGGUACGCGGCCCGGGCUCCUGGGGAGGGGGCAGUUGGUUAGUUACAGCUAGUUACGCCCAGAGCGUCGAGGGAUCCCGGAGUGUUCGCAAGAGGGGCUGCAGGGAUCGGGCCUUGGGGUGAGGGUCCCUUAGUUGUGGGGCGCGUUGGCAGCAGGGGCCUCCAGGAGUGCGCAGGGAGGGGACCCGCCGGCGGAGGGGGGCUGGCCGGCGGGUCAGUCCGGGAGUCCAGCGGUUCGGGAAUUGCGGACGCAGCCAAUGGGAGGCGGAGGCUGGGAGGCGCGCGGCGCUGAUUGGCUGGCGUGGGCUUCUUAGGCGUGCGCGGCCCCCGCUUCAUGUCUGUGCAGGAGUAGGCAGCUGGCGCCAGGGCGGCCGGAGGAUGCCGAGGGGCCGGAGCCGGGAGGGCCCGAGGCCGAGGCGCAAGCUACCCCCUGCUCCUACCCUGUAAGCCCCGCCAGCCUCUGGACGUGCUGUCCCUGGGCCCGUCGCCCCCGGGGCUCCCGCCGGAGCUCCUUCACUCUGAGGCCGAGUCCCUACCCUCCCCACGGCUGCGUGUGGCCGUUGCUGCCUCCACCCAGACCCCGAGCCGCCGCCGCCGGCCAUGGAGGUGGCGCCGGAGCAGCCGCGCUGGAUGGCGCACCCGGCCGUGUUGAAUGCGCAGCACCCCGACUCGCACCACCCGGGCCUGGCGCACAACUACAUGGAACCCGCGCAGCUGCUGCCUCCAGACGAGGUGGACGUCUUCUUCAAUCACCUGGACUCGCAGGGCAACCCCUACUACGCCAACCCGGCUCACGCGCGGGCGCGCGUCUCCUACAGCCCCGCGCACGCCCGCCUGACUGGAGGCCAGAUGUGCCGCCCACACUUGUUGCACAGCCCGGGUUUGCCCUGGCUGGACGGGGGCAAAGCAGCCCUGUCUGCUGCUGCGGCCCACCACCACAACCCCUGGACCGUGAGCCCCUUCUCCAAGACGCCACUGCACCCCUCAGCUGCUGGAGGCCCUGGAGGCCCACUCUCUGUGUACCCAGGGGCUGGGGGUGGGAGCGGGGGAGGCAGCGGGAGCUCAGUGGCUUCCCUCACCCCCACAGCAGCCCACUCUGGCUCCCACCUUUUCGGCUUCCCACCCACGCCACCGAAAGAAGUGUCUCCUGACCCCAGCACCACGGGGGCUGCUUCUCCAGGCUCAUCUUCCGCGGGGGGUAGCGCAGCCCGAGGAGAGGACAAGGACGGCGUCAAGUACCAGGUGUCACUGACGGAGAGCAUGAAGAUGGAAAGUGGCAGUCCUCUGCGCCCAGGCCUAGCCACUAUGGGCACCCAGCCUGCUACACACCACCCCAUCCCCACUUACCCCUCGUAUGUGCCGGCGGCGGCCCACGACUACAGCAGCGGACUCUUCCACCCCGGGGGCUUCCUCGGGGGACCGGCCUCCAGCUUCACCCCUAAGCAGCGCAGCAAGGCGCGUUCCUGUUCAGAAGGCCGGGAGUGCGUCAACUGCGGGGCCACAGCCACUCCUCUCUGGCGGCGGGACGGCACCGGCCACUACCUGUGCAAUGCCUGUGGCCUCUACCACAAAAUGAACGGGCAGAACCGGCCACUCAUCAAGCCCAAGCGAAGACUGUCGGCAGCCAGAAGAGCCGGCACCUGUUGUGCAAAUUGUCAGACGACAACCACCACCUUAUGGCGCCGAAACGCCAAUGGGGACCCUGUCUGCAACGCCUGUGGCCUCUACUACAAGCUGCACAAUGUUAACAGGCCACUGACCAUGAAGAAGGAAGGGAUCCAGACUCGGAACCGGAAGAUGUCCAACAAGUCCAAGAAGAGCAAGAAAGGGGCGGAGUGCUUUGAGGAGCUGUCAAAGUGCAUGCAGGAGAAGUCAUCCCCCUUCAGUGCAGCUGCCCUGGCUGGACACAUGGCACCUGUGGGCCACCUCCCGCCCUUCAGCCACUCCGGACACAUCCUGCCCACUCCGACGCCCAUACACCCCUCCUCGAGCCUCUCCUUCGGCCACCCCCACCCAUCCAGCAUGGUGACCGCUAUGGGCUAGAGAACAGAUGGACGUCGAGGACUGGGCACUCCCAGGAUGGGUGGACCAAACCCUUAGCUGCCCAGCAUUUCCCGAAGACCGACACCACUCCUGCCAGCCUGGCUCGGUCCAGCACCCCUUCUCCUGGAGGGCGCCCAGCAGCCUGCCAGCAGUUACUGUGAAUGUUCCCCACCGCUGAGAGACUGCCUCCGCACCCGGCCGCUGCCCAGGUGGGGUUUCCUGCAUGGACAGUUGUUUGGAGAACAAGGACAACUUUAUGGAGAGAAAAGGAGGGAACGGGACAGACGAAGGCAACCAUUUUUAGAAGGAAAAAGGAUUAGGCAAAAAUAAUUUAUUUUGCUCUUGUUUCUAACAAGGACUUGGAGACUUGGUGGUCUGAGCUGUCCCAAGUCCUCUGGUUCUUCCUCGGGACUUGGCGGGUCCACUUGCCAGGGCUCUAGGGGGCAGAUUUGUGGGGACCUCAGCCUGUACCCUCUUCUUCUCUGGCUUCCCUCUCUGAAACAGCCGAACUCCAGGCUGGGCUGAGCCAAAGCCAGAAGGGCCACGGCCCCGGGAGGGUGAGCUGGUGCCUGCUUUGACGGGCCAGGCCCUGGAGGGCAGAGACAAUCACGGGCGGUCCUGCACAGAUUCCCAGGCCAGGGCUGGGUCACAGGAAGGAAACAACAUUUUCUUGAAAGGGGAAACGUCUCCCAGAUCGCUCCCUUGGCUUUGAGGCCGAAGCUGGUGUAACUGUGUCCCCUUAGCGCAAGCCACAGCCUGUCUUGUUUGUCAGGUGGACCCUGUAAAUACAACCUUUUUCUGCUAACCCUUCAACCCCCUCCCCUCCUACUCUGAGACAAAAGAAAAAAUAUUAAAAAAAAUGCAUAAGCUUAACUCACCGAUGAGUUAAUUGUUUUAUUUUUAAACUCUUUUUGGGUCCAGUCGAUUGUACAUAGCCACAGAAGCCCUGCUACGAAAGGAGUAAACCCUACACACAAGGUUGGAGCUUUGCAAUUGUUUUUGGAAAAGAGCUGGGAUCCCACAGCCCUAGUAUGAAAGCUGGGAAUGGGGAGGGGCCUUUACUGCCCUUGGUUUCCGAGGGCUGGUUGGUAUUUGCUGGCCUGGCAGGGGGUGAAGGCAGGAGUCGGGGGCAGGUCAGGACCAGGACCCAGGGAGAGGCUGUGUCCCUGCUGGGGUCCCAGGUCCAGCUUUGCUGUGGCUGUCUGGAUCCUUCCCAAGGUACAGCUGUAUAUAAAUGUGUCCUGAGCUUAGAUUCUGUAUGCGGUGAUGGCGGGGUGUGAUGGCCUGCGAGGGGCCCCUGGCCCAGGAGGAGGAUUGUGCUGAUGUAGUGACCAAGUGCAAUAUGGAUGGGCAGUCGCUGCGGGGAGCACCAAGGCCAGAAGUAACUUAUUUUGUACUAGUGUCCGCAUAAGAAAAAGAAUCGGCAGUAUUUUCUGUUUUUAUGUUUUAUUUGGCUUGUUUUAUUUUGGAUUAGUGAACUAAGUUAUUGUUAAUUAUGUACAACAUUUAUAUAUUGUCUGUAAAAAAUGUAUGCUAUCCUCUUAUUCCUUUAAAGCGAGUACUGUUAAGAAUAAUAAAAUACUUUUUGUGAAUGCCC